AUGGCUUCGGAAUCACCUCAGAUUGAGAAGACACCGUCGCAGACCGGUCACCAGGACCGGUCGGUCACUCCAGCUGCCGAUUCAGCUAAGAGGAAAGCGGAACAGGCCAACGGAACGCAGACGCGCACAAAGCGGAAUCGCUACAUCUCUAUCGCAUGCAACGAAUGCAAGCGCCGCAAGAUUAAAUGCAAUGGACAAGUGCCGUGUCAGCGGUGCGGUCAUUUGAACCUGGAAUGCCGAUAUGCGCCGAAUUGCUGCAGUAAUAACUUUAAAGACUCCGACGAGUUUCGUUCCAUGAGCUCACAGUUGACUACACUUCAAGAUCAAGUCAACAGCCUAUUCAACAAUUUGAGGGAUCUUCGAGCGCAGAAGCCUGCAUACGAGUCUCCGCCAUUUGACCAUCCUUCCCACGAUGGGUCUCAGCCCGUCUUCACUCCCAUGCCGACUGGCAUGCCAAAGACGCGGUCCCGUCACCCACGUUUUCAUGGCCCGACAAGCUCUGCUUUCAACUUCGAUGUUGCUAAAUCGAGUCUGCAGAGUAUGGGUAUUAACCCUGCAGAAGAUGGGAUCCCCGACGAAUUAACUACAGCGCAAGUCACCCCGGUAGGCUCUCCGCCUCCUCAUCUCGUUCCUCUCAUGCCCACGAUUCACCCGACCAAGGAUCCAAUCUGGACUAUCCGCCGCGAGGAGGCCAUGCGCCUGUGUAAGGUCUAUGAAGAGGAAAUCGGCAUUAUGUACCCCAUAGUGGACAUCUCGAGCGUUACCAACCAAGCCAAUUUGCUGUACACAUUUAUGGAAGCCGCCACGCGGACAGGAUUCGCGCAACGUGCUCUUCCGGGCUCUGAUGGUCUUUCAGAUGACAAUUCAGUUCUUUUGAAACUGAUCCUUGCAACCACGCUGGUCGUGGAAGCGGGCGGCCAAAGCGAGCUUGGUCGGCGCCUUUUUCUAUCCGUCAAGCCUGUAAUUGAGUCCAAGCUGUGGGAGCCUCAUGAUAUCAAAAACAUUCAACUCUUUGCUAUUGUGGCUACCUAUCAUUUCCAUACUGAUGACGAUGCCAUGGCCUACCGAUUGAUUGGCUUGGCUGCACGCAUGUGUCUGGAACUGGGGCUACACCGUCGCGAUGCCGUGAUGAAAUCAUUCCCACUCGAAGACCAGUGGAAUGAGAUUACUCGCAUUUUCUGGACUGUCUACAGUUUAGACCGGAGGUGGAGUUUAGGGGCUGGUUUGCCUUUUGUGAUCCAGGACGAGGACAUUGAUCCAAACUUGCCAGAGCCGGGCGCAUCAUUGCCGUAUUUGCGGUGCAUGAUCUCAUACAAUCGGAUCAGCUCAAAGAUCUGGUAUUCUGGCAUUGGCUCCGAGGGCUCCACUGAUAUCCGGCGGGAUGAGAUCGGCUACCUGGACUACCAGGUCUUGCAGUGGUAUAAACAGGUCCCGGAUGAGCUCAAGUUUUAUCCCGUGGAAUCCCCGAAGAAUGGCGAGUCGGCAAGCCGGGGCAUGAGGCGUCUCCGGGUCCUGCUGUAUUUGCGCAUGAAUCAGCUGCGCAUUCUCAUCUACCGGCCCGUGCUUCACUCUGCAACGAGUAUUGCCGAGGACCGUGAUCAUUCACAGACCGUGGUGGACGUAGCCAAGGAUACGGUGCGAGUCCUGACUCGACUGAACCAGAUGUCCGACAUCUAUCGCACGCAGCAGAUCACCUUUAAUUACUUCCUGGUGGCUGCUUUGGCAGUACUUUUCCUUGCGGUGUGCCACGCUCCCGCUGAUUUCAAUCGGCAAGUGCGUGAUGAGUUCUACAUGGCACUAGACUUGAUCAACGGGUUCAGUACCAAGUCCUUCGUGUCCAAGCGACUGUGGAAGACUAUCAAGGGUCUUCGAAAAAUUGGAGAGAAGCUCGGUGUCUUUGCGCGUACCUUUGGUCCGGAUUCCAAUGAUCCUCACUCUACGGCUGCAGUGGCCAUGGCAGGUCUUGCGGGACAUCCGAUGGAAGACAUCUCCGUGUAUGGGCAAAUGAACGGAGUCGACGAACUGGGGAACAGUCCUAUGAAUGGAUUGCAGAUGAGUCACGAGCUCACGAAUCUGUUUGAAGCUAUUGGGUCAUACAAUGACUUCUUGCCGCCCACCAGUGGUCCCGAUGGCAUCCAUGGGUUCGGUGGCACGGAUGGGGAAAUCCAUAACACCGGAGAAGGUCUUUCUGGAGUCUUGGGUGGCGAGGAGGAGUUUUCUCGCGUGAUCCGCGAUCUGUUCUGA